AUGUUCAUGAUCGGCUUUCUUCUCCUCGUACUUGGCUCAUGCGAUGGAGGCGAGCAGAUCUUCAGGCGAAGCUUGCUGUAUGCUCCCUCCCGCAACUGCAGCGACUACAGUAGUCCCGAUGACUCGCCUGCCGUGGCGAUUCUGGAACCGCUGAACCAUACUCUCAUCACCCAUGCCAACAUGCGCCUUGUCGUAUGCAUGAAACAUGUCCCUGCCGUUGGAGCCAUUUCGGCAUGGCUGCAUGUUGUGGAAUCGUCUAGAGAGAGUCGUUCAGCAGAGAGUCGUUCAGCAGAGAGUCGUUCAGCAGAGAGUCGUUCAGCAGAGAGUCGUUCAGCAAACCCCGUACGGCUGGGAGAGGAAGAGAGCAGAAUCGAGGACGUGCCAGCAGGAAACUAUGAGGCUUUCGUGGAGGUCCUGGGAGCAGAUGAGAACCUCCUCCUGUCCUCCUCGCGCACCUUCUUCAAGGUCGAAUCCCCUGCCAGAGAGCGGCCCAACCUUUCUCCUCCUCGUUGUGGGAGCGACUGUGAGAGCGACGAGUGGCCCAUACUGAAGCACGUCCGAGCCAUGGCGCGAACUCGGCACAGCCCCAAGGGAGAAAAAGGGAGAAGACUGAUGGAUCAGAAUGUGUGUGGGCAGGACGGUUGGGCUCCAGUGAGCGUAAACGAAGUGAUCUCUUCCUUUCUCGCCUCCGAGUGGUACAAGGCCGAACACCAAGCCUGGCAGGGCGACGAGCGUGUGACGUCGAUGGUGUUCGAUCCUGACUUGAGCAACGAGCACGAGAACGUCUUGAGGGCGAUGCUAGCGGGAACCAACAGGAAGAUCAACAUCUUUCGUUCCCUCCCCAAGGAUGUCGAAUGGUUCAAGUCAAUCCUACAGCUCUCGAGCCUUUCCCAGCUGCAUGUCAUGUGCGAGCAGUCAUGGGGAAGGGAAUUCGGACCUAGUCUCGCUGUGCAGCAGCAUGACGCCUUGACUGAAUGUGCUGCGAUGAACCUCUCCCUCAUGGCGUCACUUGCGAAGAAUUGCUCGCGCUUCUGUCAGCAGCAUCGAGCUGCCCCUGAGACGACCGACAAAUGGCAGCCCAUGAAGGACGGGGAGGGUUGUGGGAGGCAUUGCAACAAGAUGAAUCAGAUCUUCAAGCACUACAUGGAGGAUGCCAUGUCUGUGAACGAGAAGGUGAUAGGUGAGGCAAGCUGGGAGCUGGUGGCUUUCGUGCUGCUGGGACUCACUUCAGCCUCGAAGCUGGUGGUUGCGAUGAUGCUGAGGCUGAUGCUGCUGCUGCUGAUGAUGAUGAUGAUGAGAGACUCAGCCUGUCACUCCCUGUUCCCCUGGGAGAAUGUCUCGCUUAGCGUGCAACAGUGCGAGCUCAGCAAGGACUGGAAUGUCAUCGUAAGUCAGCUGAGCUCGGGUGAAAUCCUGACAGGAGGGCUUGGGAUACUCAUGGAUGUAGGAAGGUUUGAGGUCUGGGUGUGCGACUACGAGAGCGCCUGCGUCAGUCAUGGAACUGUAGGUAGGAGCGAACCAUGCCCAAGGUCUCGUCUAUACCCUCCGGCUCCUCUCUCUGCCUUGACCUCUACCAUCUCUGGCGCUCCCUAUGGUAAUGGCAUCUACGUCGUAUCGUCCUCUGGCGCUUGCUGCUCCGAGCGCGCGUGGAACGCCUUUGACUUUAUCAGCAACUCAUCAGUGAUCAACUUCUGGACGACACAGUCACCAGACUUCUACUCCUUGGCGACAGGCGAGUACACUCGGUAUCCUCCCACCAUCACCACCACAGGCAUCGCCUGUGCAGGCGAGUGGCUGCAGAUCUCGCUUCCUGUCCCCAUCUACCUACAGGAGUAUGUCUUGUACACCCGAGCCAACGACCUCUACAGGGGGCCGAGGAAGUUUUGGAUCCUCGGCUCCAACGACGGGUUGGAGUGGUCUGUGGUAGACUCGCAGGACAACGUGACGGGCUAUACAGAAGCAGGGAAGAGCAUAGCAGUGGAAGAGGCUCAGAGGUACAGCCACUACAGGAUCGUCGUGAACGAGAACAACGGAGAGUACUGGGUCAGCAUCAGCUGGUGGAAGCUGCUCGGUGUUGAGAACAAGGAAGAAGAACCUCGUCUAUACCCUCCGGCUCCUCUCUCACAGCGGCCGCUGAGUCGGCGGAGCCAUCGUCCAAUCAGGCCCGGGAGAUACUCGGCGGCAGAUCGGCACCGUACAACGGCCGUGACCACCAGUGGGCCAGCCAGUGCCACCCGGCCCGCACUGCCCGCAGUCAAAUGA